AUGAGCGAUAAAGGAAAGGAAGCAGGAGCAUCUACUGGAAAGUUGGCAAUCUUGGUAGCUUGCUGGUAUGCCGGAAACACUUUGUACAAUGUUUACAACAAGAAGGCUACCAAUAUGAUCCAUGCACAUUGGUUCGUUGCCACCGCUCAGCUCGUUGUCGGAAUUGUCUGGAGUUUGGUUAUGUGGGCUACCGGUCUCCGAAAGACUCCAAACCUCACAGCCGCUGAUAUUGCAUCCUGUAUCCCAAUUGGACUUUGCGCUUGUUUGGCACACGCUGGUUCCGUUCUUGCCUCUGCUGUCGGCGCUGUCUCUUUUGCCCAGAUUGUCAAAGCUUGUGAGCCUGCCUUCGCCGCUGUCGUCGGUUUGUUGGUCCCUCCUAUGGAUAUCAAGCCUGUCUUGGCGUACUUGAUGCUUCUUCCAAUUGUCGGUGGAGUCGGGCUUGCCUGUAUCAAGGAAGGAAAGGGUGUUGAUAUUAACAUGACUGCAUUCCUUUACGCUUCCAUGGCCAACAUGGCUGCUGCAUUGAAGGGAAAGCUUGGAAGCUCCAUCACCAAAGCCUUGAAGGGAGACAAGUCAAAGAACAUGGACGCUGCCAAUGUCUAUGCCGUCAUGAACAUCAUUUCUUUCUGCUGCUCGGUUCCUUUUGUUGUUGUCAAUGAGCUUCCUACUUUGCAAGCCGAAUGGGACAAAGCUGCUGAAGCUCAUGGAUCGUCGGCUCUUGUCACCAACAUUAUUGUUUCUGGUUUCAUGUUUUACAUCUACAACGAGUUCGCAUUCGCCUUCACUGCUCACGUCGGAUCUGUCACCUCUUCUGUUCUCAACACUGCCAAACGUGUCAUUAUCAUUGUGGUUUCUUCCAUUGUCUUCCAAGAAGCCAUGGAACGCAACACCGUUAUUGGAUCUGCCAUUGCUAUUGGAGGAACUUUCGCUUACUCUCUUGCAUCCAAAAAGAAGCCUGCCCCCAAGGCCAAGACUUCUUAA